AUGACCUCGUUUCUGGGGAUCCUCAACCGACUCUUGCCAUUCGCAACACCAGGAACGCCUCUCCUCCAAGACCUUGUACAUCUUGGUGUCAUCUGCGCCCUGCUUUACUUUGCUCCGCAAAUCCAAGACUGGAUCCAGAGGAGGAAUACAGCAGACCAUCAGGAGCAGACGCCAGUGCAACACGCCGAAGUGGCGCCUGAAGAUGACCAGCAUGACCCGCCGGAUCACGAGGCUCAACAAGCAGGAAACGGAGAUCAGCGCGGUUUCGAAGAAGAAGUAGAUCGCCAGGACGAGGGACCCGAUAACGAAGAUUUCCGCGAGUUUCAGCAACAACAACAACAACAGCAGCAGCAAGAAGGAGGCGACGAAGCCGGACCAGAAAAUGCCCCUGGUCAGCGGAAUGUGGGCGCCAAGAAAGCCAGAUCUCUAGCUCGCAGGGAUCAGCGACGGGCGUAUCACGAAUUCCAACGCGCGCAAGGUGAAGCGCAACGGGCUCGGGAUGCAGAAGGUGCAGCUGAGCGAGAGGCGGCACAAGCUGCGGAGAGGGAGAGAAGGCAGGCUGCGGAGGCGAAGCUCGAGGCGAAGAAGGCGAAGGAGAGGGAGGUAAAGCGCGAACGGGAGCGAAGAGAAAGAGAGGAGGAAAUCGCGAGGCGAGAGACGGCUGUUGCGAUUGUGAGGCGGGAAUUGGAGGAGCAAAGGAUGAGUAACCUGUUCGAGGUUGCUAGGUCCGUGGGUGGAGAUGCGGAUGAUGUGUGGGUUGAGAAGAUGCUCAAUGCGAGCGGCGUGCUUGGAAGGGGCGCGGAUGGCGCUUUCACAAUGGUCACGAGUACAGGCUGGGUCGUCAAGGUGACGAAAGAAGACAUGCAAAGGGUGUAUAAGAAGGCUGCGGAAAAGGGCUUGGGAGAUGGGAAUGGAAAGAUCGGCUUCGAAGAGCUGAGCGGAUUGCUUCAAGAUGUCCUCAGAGGACAUUCGUGA